AUGCUAGGUUCAGAUACAGAACAUAGAGACUAUCAUAAAAACAUGAACGCGAAAAUAUUUACUGAGUGGAUAGAAAAACAGUUACUUCCAGCAUUGAAUAGUCUUGAUAAAACUUGCGUAAUAGUCCUUGACAAUGCUCCGUACCAUUCUGAGCAACUAAGAAAAUUACCUGUGGCAUCCACAAAAAAACGAGAUAUGACCCAGUGGCUUCAAGAGAACAAUAUACCUUAUCCACCUGAUUCCCUGAAGUCAGAUUUAUGGGCCAUUAUUCGCGACAAAAAACAAUUCAUUGAAAAAACUUAUGCAGUUGAUGAUUUAAUUCACAAAAGAGGCCACAUUGUUCUUCGUUUACCACCGUACAAUUGCCAAUACAACCCUAUAGAAUUAGCUUGGGGAUUCAUAAAGACGUACUAUAGCAAGCACAUACCAUCAGCUUCUGGUCCCAAACUGGAAAAGACAAGGCAAAUGUGGUCAAGAGCACUUGAAAAUUUUACCCCUGAUAUGUGGGCGAAUAGCGUUCGUCACUGCGAGGAACUAAUUAGAGAAGAUUGGAAGAAAUUGAUGGGAAAUCUACCAAUUGACGACAUUCCUCCAAUAAUAAUUCAGCUUUCCGCAGAAUCUGAUUCGGAAGAUGAUUGGGGGUCUGAACAUUUUGAAUCUGAUUCUGAAACUGAAUAA